AUGAUUAAAUAUUGCACAAGAUUAAUGAGAAUUAGCUAUAAAAUACCUAUUUAUAGGUUUUGCAAAGAAAAGUUUGAAAUAUCAGAUGAAGACAUUGAAAAAUUAAAGCUUUUGUAUUCUUAGAAAGAAAACUAUGAUCAAUUUUUAAAAUAAAAAGAGUGUAAUAUUUUUAUAACAAAAACAUAGAAAUUUUAGAAGAUGUUUUUAAAGAGAGAGAAUAAUUGAUAUCAUUUAAAUUGAUGUAAAUGAGUGAUAUUGAUUAAGUGUUUGAUUUUUACUCUAAAGAAAUAGCUAAAUAAUUAGAUGAAUAAAAUCCACAACCUCCAUUUACAUCAAAUGAGUUGAGUCUAUUUCUCUAUUUUACAAGUUGUUUACGAAAUGAAGAUUAUGGUGAGUAAAUGAAAAAUCAUACAGACAGAUUUUAAUAAAUUACAUCUAAAAUUUUAUUGGAAAUAAACCGAUUAGAUCCAGAAUAAUUCUGUGCAUUUUUAUGGGCUUUGUCUACUUAUUAAAUUGAAAUGGGUGAUUUAAACCUUAAUGAUUCAAAAUAAUUCAUAAUUAAAUAAUAAGCUGAAAUAAUCUUAGAAAAAAUACCUCCUGAGACAUUACCUUCAUUAGCAUUCUCUUUAUUUCAUAUUCUAAAAGAUCAAUCAGAUUUAAUAUUAAAGAUCUCAAAACUAACUCAAUAAAACAUUACCAUACAAACUCCAGGCAAUUUAAUUACAUUAAUAAAAAGUUUACCUAGAGGUUCAUUUACAAACUCUAGACUUAUUUUUGAUUAAUUAUCUGAUUAAUUUCAAUAAGAUUUAUUAACUUAAGAUUAAUUUAUAAAUGUAUUAGUGGAAUUAAUCAGAAUAACAAAUCAUUAAAAUACAGAGUAUAUUAAAAAUAUGGUUGACUUACUAACUUCUAAAAUUGAAUCAACAUAAAAGCAUAAUUUAAAUAUUUCUAUUUAAAAAGUGAUUGAUUUGAUACUUUCUUGCACAGAAUUAGAAUAAUAAGAAGGAGAAUAAUUAGUUAAAUAAAUGUUAAGAAUUUGUCAUGCCAAAAGUGAAAAGUUGAACAUCCCAGAAUAUAUUUCAUUGUUUUUAGCUGUUGCUAAAAUUAACAAUAAAAAUUAUGGAUCUAUUAAUUUGGAAAAAACCAUAAGAAUUCUUAUUGAAUUAGCACAUAGAUCUUAAGUUUUUUCUUUAAAGGAUUUUGAAUGUAAAUAUCAAUAAAUAAACUUAAAUAGAAAAAGAAUUAGUUUAAGUCAUAGUAGGAGCUGCAGCCUUAAGAAUAGAUAAUAAAGAAUUUAUUCAUAAUAUCAUUUCUAAAAUUAAUCCAUAAUUAUUAGAUAAGUAAGACUUAUUGUUGUUAGCCAAGUCUUUUAUAAUUUAUGUUCGAUUAUUUGAAAUUGAAUUAUUAAAAAUACAUUCAGUUUGUGCAAAAAAAAAGCACGAGUUUAGUGCUUUCGAAUAAGUUCAAUUAUCACAAACUUUUAAUAGAAUUAAAAUGUUAAUUCCAGAUUCACCUUUUUUAUAAUGA